ACUGGCCCAAUGGGCACCUGUUACUGCAGAAUGAGACCUGGGCGGGCUUGGGUCUGGACUACUUUAAUCCUGGGCAGUUAAGCGACAAGUCCAGCAAAAACACAGUAACACACAACUAUGUGAGGGAGGGUGGUCAGCAACCGAGGCGAUGCGCUUUGGACCUUUUGAACCAAAAUGAACACCGCAGCCAUCGUUUAUUGACAGCCUCGUCGACCGCAUUACCCUCGCCAGGAAUCCAUUUGUUUAGUGCCAUGUACAGAGUGUAAAUUGACUCGUAUUUCCUCGAUUGCGCAAUCAGAAAAAUCGCUUCAUUUAUUAUCCACCAACAAAAGACACAUACCUGUGUUGAGGCGUGGUCUCAGACAGCUUCGGGCAUUUAAACAGACAAAUACCGAGCCGCUUCUCACUUCAUACAGAAAACUGCAAACACGUCUCCAAAAAACACAACGACAUGGGCAACUGGGUUGUUAACCAUGGACUGUCGGCUCUUAUCCUGGUGGUCUGGAUGGGAAUCAAUAUAUUCAUCUUUGUGUACUUUUACCUUUUCUAUGACCUGGGACCACAGUUCUUUUACACACGGCACCUCCUCGGACCUGCGCUGGCAUGGGCAAGGGCGCCGGCGGCCGUCUUGAAUUUCAACUGCCUGCUGAUCCUGCUCCCAGUCUGCCGAAACCUGCUGUCCUUCAUCAGAGGAUCCUGUGCGUGUUUCCGCAGGUCCAUGAGGAAGCAGCUGGAUAAGAACCUGUCUUUUCACAAGCUGGUGGCUUAUAUGAUUGGUCUGAUGACAGCUGUCCACACCAUUGCUCACUUGCUGAACCUGGAGUGGUUGAACAACAGCAGGCAGGGCGAUUACGACAACCUCAGCACAGAGCUAUCGGAGAUCGGAGACCACAGUAACGAAACCUUCCUGAACCCCAUCCGCUCCCCUUCCACGACACCCUCGUACGUGGCCUUCACCACCAUCGCUGGGAUCACCGGGGUCAUCAUCACGCUGUCCCUCAUCCUCAUCAUCACCUCGUCCAUGGAGGUCAUCCGCCGCAGCUACUACGAGGUCUUCUGGUACACCCACCAUCUCUUCAUCAUCUUCUUCGCAGGGCUCGUCUUCCACGGGGCUGGGCGUAUUGUUCGCUCUCAGACGAAAGACAGCAUGUAUGAACACAACGUCACCUACUGUAAGGAUCGACCUCUGGACUGGGGAAAGAUCCCAGAGUGCCCUAUGCCUCAGUUUGCAGGAGGGGCGCCAGGGACCUGGAUGUGGGUUCUGGGGCCCAUGGUUCUCUAUGUGUUUGAAAGAAUCCUCCGCCUCUACCGAUCACUGCAGAAAGUCAUCCUCAGAAAGACGGUGAUCCACCCCUCCAAUGUGCUGGAGCUGCAGAUGCAGAAGAAGAACUUCAGCAUGGAGGUGGGUCAGUACGUGUUUUUGAACUGCCCCUCCAUCUCCCAGCUGGAAUGGCACCCCUUCACCAUGACCUCGGCCCCGGAGGAGGACUUCUUCAGCGUGCACAUCCGCUCCAUGGGGGACUGGACCAGGGAUCUCAUCAGCAAGGUCAACGAGGCGGAGAAGGGGGGGUUCCUGCCCAAGAUUGCAGUAGACGGGCCCUUUGGCACGGCCAGCGAGGAUGUCUUCGAUUACGAGGUCAGCAUGCUGGUUGGCUGUGGAAUUGGGGUCACGCCCUUUGCCUCCAUUCUCAAGUCCAUCUGGUACAAAUUCAAGGAGUCCAACCAAAAACUGCGAACAAAAAAGAUCUAUUUCUACUGGCUGUGUCGGGAGACCCAUGCCUUUGAGUGGUUUGCGGACUUGUUGCAUUCACUGGAGGGAGAGAUGGAGGAGAGGGGGAUGCUCAACUUCCUCAGCUACAAGCUCUUCCUCACCGGCUGGGACCACAGCCACGCUGCUCAUGUGAUGGUACACUUUGAUAAAGACACAGAUGUCGUUACUGGACUCAAACAGAAAACACAUUACGGGAGGCCAAACUGGGAGAAGGAAUUUGAGGAUAUACGCAACGCCCACCCCACGUCGACGGUUGGAGUGUUCUUGUGUGGCCCGCAGGCCCUGGGAAAGACACUGGAAAGCUGCUGUGCCAGAUACUCAGACGUGGAUCCUCGCAAAGCCCGGUUUUACUUCAACAAGGAGAACUUCUGAUCUGGUCAAACUGACUCCGAGAUCCAGCAACAGAUCAGGAGGAUUCAUCUGAACACUCAUACUAGGACAACAGUGUCAAUUAAAGAGAAAAACGGGUCUCCUGCAAACAUUCAGAGAUAAUCUUACCUGACUCAAUUGGCUUGGUCAGAAAAUGCUGGUUGAAUGGCACAAUAAGGUGUAAAUGUACGCACGCCCAUAUAAUAAUCGUUACUGUUUAAUGUAAUUAUGUAGGUGCUAGUGUGUGAUUAAGUCUUUGUGGGCUUUAAAAGUUCAUCCCUGUAGCGCACUAAAGAACUGUUCACCUCCCAGGUCAGAAACAGAUUUAUUUAACAGAAACAAUUGCAUGUUAUGUGGAGAGAGUGCCCCUUUGCCUCUCUAAACUUCAUUUUUAUUGUUUUAUAAGCGUUAGUCAAGAGUAGGAUGGGAUUACAGGAAUAUCUUGAACUCAGAUAUCCCAUUUGAGGAAAUGCCUUGCCCUCUUUUUAGCCCUGGGCUCUGGUUCCACCUGCAUUACAAGCCCAGAAUUACCCUUCUUGCAGUGGGAUGACAAGAUAAUUAUGGAAGCAAAACCAAGACUUUGGAUUGUGACAAUGCAUGAAUACUGUCACACACCCUCUUAGAAAUAUAAGGGUAGUGCUAAAAAUAGAAAGGACUUUUUUUUUUUUUUUUAAUAUGUGAAAAGGUCUUUCUUAGCCUUUUGUCUCUUGAGACCAGGGUUCAAUUUUAACAAACGAACUACAGGAUUUCCAUUUGAGUAAUUAUCGUACUACUAGAAACAAAAUUACUUUGAUUGUUUUAAUGUACAGUACAAUGUGUAUAAUAAUUUUUGUAAAAUGUAAAUGUAUAAGAUGAAAUAUGUGCACCUUUUCUUUCUAAUCAUUUCUUUCCUGAAAUAGUUUUUUUAAUAAAAAAAAACUAUCUACUUUACUGACAGACAGAACUGGUGAGAAAUAUAUAUUUUAGCCAGUUUCAUUACAAUUGGACAGCUCUUAACAUUACAUAAAGCCAGCUGGAUGUACAAACAACCACAACGUACCCCACCCAGAUAUAUGCAAAACUGCACAUUUUUACCUGUUGAAUUCUUGUGAUAAAACAAUAAACCAAUGAGUCAUUUCACCUUUCCACAAAUUACUAAAAACAGUCUUCUUUUUUUCUUGCAGUUUCCUGGUUCUAUCGCCUUAGUCAUCCCCAGGCAGUGCAUUUCCUUCUUCUGUUCACUAACCUCUUUGUUGAAUGUUAUUUUCCACACUAUUUCAAACUGCACACCAGGUGGCAUUUCCUUGUUAGGUGAGUGACGUUACGCAUCACUAAAAAAAAUAAAUGUAUCUAUUCAUUUGAAUAUAGUAAGAUAGACUUCAGUAAGUUACACUGAUUAAAGAUGUCUCAACGGAGCUGUACACACAUAUAAAAAUUCCUGCC